AAAGUGAAAGUUUGAUUAUUGAUAACGUUGAUUAAUUUGCAAACGAUUGGAAAGCCUUCUCCUUUUUGAAAACAUUCAUGCAAAAACCUUUGCCUCGUUGAAUUUCGCUAAAGUUUAGUGGAAAACUUCCGAACAAGAUCAUUUCGCAGUGGUGGAAUCAGCGUUGUCGAUGGAGUGAAUAUUUCGUGUUCAUUCACGUUUUGAAGCAGACUGAGAAAAUCUGUUAAAAUCUUCCCUCAUCGCAUUCUCAUCCCAGGCAUUGUGGAUUGUUUAAAUAAAUUGGAAAACUAUUUUGUCUCGUGAUUGGGAUUGGAAACAGCCCGUCUGGAAGAUCGUGCUCGACGAUCGCGAAUAAUCAUCGGAAAAAUGAGCGAUUCGACGGAGACGGUGGUGCAGGAGAUGGAGAAAGCGGAGACGGACCAGCGGAGUUCGCCGCGGCCUGCUGCAACGGCGCAGACGGUCCCCGACGCAGCUGACACGGAACAUCGGGCAGAAACCACGACGCAGGUUCGGGAGGAUGUCGUCGUGCCUGCUGACAGUCAGACCGAGGGAAAAACGGAAGAAGACAGACGGAAAUCCCCGGAACAAGCGCUGACGCAAGAAGACACAGGCACAGUGGAGAAGGAGGAGAAGAGUGAGGAGCGCGCGGCCAGCCCGGUGGCGACGCACGUGCCGGACGGCGCCGUCCUGGCCAAGCCGGACGUCAUCGUGGACGUGCCGCCGACCGUGGUGCGCGCCGACAGUCCCUCCACGCCGCGCAAGGAAGAUAAACACGCGGCGGCGGAGGAUAACGCGCCGGGGCAGCAGCAGCUCUCCCCGCCACAACAUCUCGAAGAGCCGAAGAGCAGCGCCACGGAGCGUUCCCUGGCCGAAGAAGAGAUCCUCUCGCGUAUCGAGGACGUGGAAGACUGGGCGGAGGAGGAGAAAUCCGAACCAGAAGAAGGCCCCUUCACCGAGGAAGAACCGGAAGAAAAAGAGUCCCUGGAUGAUGAUCGCGACCGGCGUAAACCGCAGUACAUUCCGCGCGGCACCGCCUACUUCCUCCACGACGACCGCGACGCCGUCUCGGAGGCCGCCGCGUCGGAGGAGGAGGGCUCCCCCGACGAGGAGGAGGCGGAGAAGACGGAGGGCGAGCCGGCCGCGGAGGGGAAGAAGAAGGAGCGGAAGAAGGAGGACGACCGCUGGGCGCAUGAUCUCUACAGCGCCGACGCGGCGGCGGAGGAGCCGGCCGCCCGCGGGGGCGGGUAUGGCGGGCGCCGCGGGAUGCGGGGAGCCCGCCGCGGUGGACGGUAUGGACGCGGGAUCGGGAUGCGACGCGGCGGGCCGGUGCGGAGGGUCCGCGGCGGACGGAUGGCCGCGCCGGGCGGAAGGCGGGUUGAGGCGGAAGAAGAUGCGGGUCCCGUCCCCGCCGAAUCCCAAGACGAACCGGAAAAAGAGAACCAGCGCGUGGAGGAGAAGAAAAAAGAGCGCUCCGCCGAGAUGCCGGCGCACGAGCGCAAACCCCCCGCGACGGCCGCCACGGGGCGCCAACCCACCCAGGCCCCCUACCGCCCGCCGCGCCGCGGGCGCCCCGCCCACCCUCCGUACGAGAAAUCGGCGCCGGUGACCCCGCGCUACCAGGACGUGGAGGACUGGGACUACGACGAGGACCAUUUCGCCGCGCGCGAGUCCUACGGCCGGCCCCCGCCCCCGCCGCAGCGGAUGCGCGGGGGCGGCCGCGGCGGGCGGUACGCGGCGCCCCCUCCCCCGCCGCCGCGCCGCGGACGCUACGAAGAGGAGUACGAGGAUGAGUACGAGGAGUAUGAGCGCGGCGGGGACGUCGGGAGUCUGUUCCAGAGUCGGGUGUUUUUGGACGGGGACGGGGACCACGGGGUGGGCGGUAUGGUGGAGGGCCGCCGCCGAGGAGGGGACCCCCCGGGCCGCCGGCCGGACCAUCCGCGCGACGCGCACCGCCUGCAGCUGCGCGCAUGGAAGCGGAACCCAGCGCAGCGCCGCCGCCGGUGGCGCGUCAAUCCAGCUACCGCAACGACCGCAACGCUCCCGCGGGAUACCCGCCGGCGCGGGCGGCUGCCCGUGAGCCCUACAGCGGACGGGUUAACGCGGCGCGGGCCUAUCAUUCCGAAAGCGGCAACGGACGCCAGUACAACCAGCCGGAGGCCCCGCCCCCGCGGUCCGCCGCGCCCCCCGCCGCCGCCGCCCCACCCCCGACGAAACGCUAUUCGCGGCGCCAAACCAGCCACCCGGGCCCCGCCGCCCCCGCCCCGGCCGCGGCGCCCCCCGCCGCCGCCUCGGACGACGUGCGCAACGCCUACCCCGACUACUAUUCGCCCGGGGGCGGUCGCCCCAACAACGGCCCGAUGGUGGCCCAGGGCUACGGCUACGCGCCGCCCCCGCCGCAUCAUUACCAGAAUUACGGGCCGCCCGCGAAUUAUUAUCAGGUCCCGUACGAGUACGCCUACGGGCCCCCGCCGCCCCAGCAGGGCAUGUACGGGGCGCAUUAUGGGACGCAUUAUUGAAUAAUGACGGCGGAUUAAAUUGGACAACGCGGAGUCGGCGGAAUUUUCGGAUUUGGAAUUUUAUCUUGAUUUUUCCCUGUUUUUUGCUUUAUUUUUCAUUGAUUAAUGGACAGCUGGCGGUGGCAGUGUUUGCAGGUUUCUACAGCUAGUGUACAGUAGUGAUCCUCCCUGUUAAUCAAGAAAUAACCCCGCACCUUUUCCUCGCGGACCAUCCCAGAUUGUGCCGCAGCAUCCGGCUUUCAUCGGCUUCAGUUUUAACGCGGAAUAGGUGCUUUUUAUUUCGGAAAUAUCCCGCAUUUUUCUCCGUAGGAUUCCGGUAGCGACUGGUUACGGUUUUGUUGGUUGGUUGUAUUUUGCAGCACAGACAUUUAGCAAUUUUUAGGAGACAAUGCACUUGUUUUUCUUCGUUGGUGACUGGAUGUAUUUUGUGGCAAUUUAGUAUAAUUUUCACAUGUUUUACGCGUCAUGUUUUUCCACAACUGGUUCCUCGUAAUAAUUAAUUCUCUCUUGUUAUUUUUUCCUUGUAGCAUGGGACUGUCGCAGUAUUACUGAACUUCGAUUAAUGCACAUUAAAUUCAGGC